UCAGUGAAGCAUGUUCCAUCUUGGUUCCCAUUCGCCGGUUUUAAACGUCAAGCAAGGACUUGGGCUAAGAUCGCCCACAACUCUCUGGAAUUACCAUUUGAGGUGACCAAGCAAGACGUUGUACGCCGCCUCACUCCUCUCCCCACUUCGCUCAGCGAUAUGCCUGCGUGA